AUGUCCCCCUCGCCCCGAUCAAUUAUUGCAACUGUGAUAGCUGCUGCUUCGACAGGAAUAAUAAUUGGAAUUAUAGUGGCUGUUGUGCCAUCUGCUGAGGAUUCAUGUUUAAACAUUGAGCCGCCGUCCAAUUUAAAAGUGACAAAAAAAGAGAAUCACAUCGUCAUACAAUGGUCACCCACUCCAUCAAAUUGCCAUGUUUAUUAUGCUCUUGAGGUUACUAUGGACGGAGACAUUAACCCUAUACAAUAUGAGACAACAGAUACGUUUUUCACUAUUUCACGACUGCCGAAAUAUUGCACAAACGUUGAUGUUGGAAUAAGUGCUGUAGGAAAUGAAGCUAUUAGUGAUGCAGUUUUUUUAUCAUAUUUAGUUCCACCUACAGAAGAUGAAGUUAGAAAUGCUAUAAUUAAAGUACAAUCAUAUGAUCAUACGAUAAAUAUGUUGGAAUGGACGAACAUUGCAGAAACAUUUAAUGGAUGCACUGUUAAAUACCGACUUAUCGUAAAUGACCAAGAAGUUGUUCCCGAUUUAGAAACCAAUCAUUACUAUUUUAAGAACGGAUUGACUAAACAGUGUAAAGAUAAUGAAAUUAUAUUGAUCCCCAUAGUCGAAGGAAUUUUUGGAACGAAAAACGAGCUGACAGAUGAUGUAGAAGUACCGCUAUCCAAGGAUAAGAUUAAUGCUGUUGCUCUUAGUCUUGGACUAUACGUUCCAACUGCUAAAGUAUUAACAUGGACGGAUUACGAAGCCGAAUUUAGCGGAUGUACAGUUACUUACCGUCUUACAGUAAACGAUAUACCAAUUCAACCUGAUUUAAUCACCAACACUUUUAAAUUUACCGAUGAAUUGACUAAACAAUGUAAAGAUAACAUAGUUACAUUGAUGCCUAUAGUGUCUGGAGUAAACGGGUUGGAGAAAAUCAUAUCCGAUCAUAUCGAAGCAAUUAUUGCAACUGUGAUAGCUGCUGCUUCGACAGGAAUAAUAAUUGGAAUUAUAGUGGCUGUUGUGCCAUCUGCUGAGGAUUCAUGUUUAAACAUUGAGCCGCCGUCCAAUUUAAAAGUGACAAAAAAAGAGAAUCACAUCGUCAUACAAUGGUCACCCACUCCAUCAAAUUGCCAUGUUUAUUAUGCUCUUGAGGUUACUAUGGACGGAGACAUUAACCCUAUACAAUAUGAGACAACAGAUACGUUUUUCACUAUUUCACGACUGCCGAAAUAUUGCACAAACGUUGAUGUUGGAAUAAGUGCUGUAGGAAAUGAAGCUAUUAGUGAUGCAGUUUUUUUAUCAUAUUUAGUUCCACCUACAGAAGAUGAAGUUAGAAAUGCUAUAAUUAAAGUACAAUCAUAUGAUCAUACGAUAAAUAUGUUGGAAUGGACGAACAUUGCAGAAACAUUUAAUGGAUGCACUGUUAAAUACCGACUUAUCGUAAAUGACCAAGAAGUUGUUCCCGAUUUAGAAACCAAUCAUUACUAUUUUAAGAACGGAUUGACUAAACAGUGUAAAGAUAAUGAAAUUAUAUUGAUCCCCAUAGUCGAAGGAAUUUUUGGAACGAAAAACGAGCUGACAGAUGAUGUAGAAGUACCGCCAUCCAAGGAUAAGAUUAAUGCUGUUGCUCUUAGUCUUGGCCCAUACGUUCCAACUGCUAAAAUAUUAACAUGGACGGAUUAUGAAGCCGAAUUUAGCGGAUGUACAGUUACUUACCGUCUUACAGUAAACGAUAUACCAAUUCAACCUGAUUUAAUCACCAACACUUUUCAAUUUACCGAUGAAUUGACUAAUCCAUGUAAAGAUAACACAGUUAAAUUGAUGCCUAUAGUGUCUGGAGUAAACGGGUUGGAGAAAGUAAUAUCCGAUCAUAUAGAAGCACCACCAUCCGAGGAUGAUAUUAACGCUGUUACGUUUAGUCUUGACCCAUACGUUCCAACUACUAAAAUAUUAACAUGGACGGAUUACAAAGCCGAAUUUAGCGGAUGUACAGUUACUUACCGUCUUACAGUAAACGAUAUACCAAUUCAACCUGAUUUAAUCACCAACACUUUUAAAUUUACCGAUGAAUUGACUAAUCCAUGUAAAGAUAACACAGUUAAAUUGAUGCCUAUAGUGUCGGGAGUAAACGGGUUGGAGAAAGUAAUAUCCGAUCAUAUCGAAGCACCGCCAUCCGAGGAUGAGAUUAAUGCUGUUGCGUUUAGUCUUGACCCAUACGUUCCAACUGCUAAAAUAUUAACAUGGACGGAUUACGAAGCCGAAUUUAGCGGAUGUACAGUUACUUAUCGUCUUACAGUAAACGAUAUACCAAUGCAACCUGAUUUAAUCACCAACACUUAUCAAUUUACUGAUGAAUUGAGUAAAGAAUGCAACGGCAACACAGUUGUCUUAAUGCCCAUAGUCGCAGGUGUUGAAGGAGAAAAUAAAAUCCUAAGUAAUGAUGUUGACGAAUUACCAGAAAUAACAGACGGUUCGUUUGAAUUAAUAACCGAGGGAAAUAUGUUAAUAACAUGGAAACCACCAUUAACUUUAGAGACUUGUGAAUUUACAUACGACUUGGAAUUAAGAGAAACGCAGGAAUUAGAUUCUAUAACACUAGAUUCUUUCGAAGAUUAUAACGAAGUAGAACCAUUCAUUUGGGAACCCUCUAAUGUAGAUGGAAUAACGGAUUGUGGAGUUAUGGUGGUUAUAAUUACACCUAAAUACAAAUCAAAAUCUGGAACUAGUACCUCGUUGGGUUGUACGAUGCAAAGUUUAAGUUUACAUGUUUUGUAAUGUAUUAAACAUUAAUUUAUAGUACUAUUAAUAAUAUCUUAUAUUUCUAAUUGUAAAAGAAUAAAUCAUAAAUCCUGGUAGUGUUGGUAAGGAUGUGAAAAGAAAAAUAUUACAUUAAAAUAGAAUAGAUUUCAAAUUUCUGUUUGAACAAUUUCUCACUUACAUUUUCUGUAAAGUUCAUUCCUUCCGGAGGUUUAAAACAAUCCAUUUUACUUUUCACUUUUUACACACCAUGUCAUCUAUUAGUCUUUUCACUAAUAAAACACUCACAAAUAGUUAUACAACGUUAUACGAGAAUCGAGUUUUACACCAAAUCAUCGUACAUGUCACUUAAAGGAUAAUGUGCCAUGAAGUUGGUUACCAAUGCUGCCAACACACAAAUAACGCAAUAUUUACCUUAACAAAAUCUUGAUAAA